ACCAAAUAGAUGUAGGUGGUAUACCAUAGUAUAACACCAGUAUACCAUAGUUAUAUUUAUAUAUUAGCUACAUAAUGUUUGUGCAUAUAUAUAGGUGGGAGCCCAGAUGUGGCUUCUGGUUCGACCCCCCAUGGAAGCGAGUUUAGCCACUUUGGUUAAAAUUCGUGUGGUUCAGCUCGGGGUCUCCGAUGUAGCUCCUUAAUAUAAUUUCGCGGGGCUCCUUGAUAUAAUCAAUUAACGGUGAUGGAUCACAAGCUGAUGCUCGGUGAGUACUGCGCCGACCUCUCGGACAUGCACAAGACGCGCCACUACUACCGCGCCACCUCGCUCUCGGAGGAGGAGAAACUCUACCUCCACCAAAUCGACGACUUCGCCACCGCCACCAUCGCCGAGUACGAGGCCAGCGUCGGCCCCGUCCCCGCCUUCGACAACCACCUCAGCCUGUUCAGCCAAGAAAUCCCACUGGAGUUCCCCGAACCCUUGGCUCCCCCUCCCGCUUCUUCGUCUUCGGCUUCGGCUUCUCACCACGAGUGAGUUCUCGCUCCUUGCACCAGCAUUCAUGGUCACUAUGCCUUCUGCCGGUUCCUUGCGAUUGCAAACUAAUUAGUCUACAGCCAUUUCAGAAUUCAGAGUAGUCUGCCUAGAACAGGCCUGUAUGUUUGCCCGGUUUCAACUCAAAAGAUGAAGUAAUGAUGUAGGCAAUGCAUAAUUGGAGAUUUUAUCUCCUUGGAACUCUUCUAUGUCCGAUUGUAGUAAUCAAUUAACGGUUCAGAUUUUGUAUAGUACCAAGAUAGAUUAAUCACAGGCCAGUAGAAAUGUGCUAGUAUAGUAGUACCUUGAUUUAUUCCACAGCCAGUAGAGCUGUAGAGGUGUGGUUGUAGCUCUAUUACCAUGGCUAGUAGUAAACUGGUCGUCAUCAGGGGAAUAAAAGUAGCAGCUAGGUAAAUUAUUAGGGUCGAACCAAUCUAUAAUUCGUUCCUGGCUGCCCUCAAGAUCUGCAAAGGGUCUUCACCAAUACACCCCCUCUCCGGUUUUGUCUUAGCAGCAAAACGAUGUGACUGUCUAA